AUGAAGCGUGUUGAACUCUACGACUACGGGUCUCAAGUUACGCACGCUAUUACCUCUUUGGCUGCCGACGCCGAAUCCAAAAAGAGGAUGAUGCCUUUGCUACUGGAGAAUAGCAAGCAGACUUGUGUGGCUUUGGUUCAGCUGUUAUGGCCAGGCAGGGGCAGUUGCCGAAUAUACAAGUCGAGAGGAAAGUCCUAUACGCUCUGUCGUGAUACCAAGAUUAUAAGCAAUAUUGAAAAUGCUUUCUUGGAACUGGGAUGGAGCGAGCAGGAGGUGAAAGAUGUGGAGAUUGAUCAUUUUAUCGAUGUGUACAAGUAA